GGGUGCUGGUGGGGCCGUCGCUUAGCAACCCAACCCCCGCGGGGCCGCUGGGCGGGCGGGGAGGCCGCCGCUCCCCCGAGCCGCAGCGGCCGAGCGGCCUUGCGGCGGUCUGACUGACCGGGCACUGUGGCGCCCGUGCGGGUAGAGAAACGUAAUGGAGUCUCAUAACUCCGGCAUAGUUUCCAAGAGUCCGUCAGCCUCUGAAAGUGAAGACAAUGAGAUUGAGUUCGUUGGAGAAGGACCCUUAAGGCCUGUACUUGAAAGCAUUGAUCUUGUCAGUAGCGAGGAUGAAGAACCUAAUAGCAGUUAUUAUGUUCAUAGAAAUACUAAGCGUAAAGAUCACAUUGACUAUCAGAAAGAACGAGUUGCUUCAACCUUGGAUCGUCUGGCACGUCAUGUAGAAGUUGAGAAACAGCAAAAAGAAGAGAGAAACAAAGCCUUUAAGGAGAAGGUUGACUCCCAAUAUGCUCAUGGGUUGCAAGAACUAGAAUUUAUUCGGGCAAACAGUGACACAGAAGCCGCAAGAUUAUGCGUGGACCAAUGGUUAAAAAUGCCAGGUCUCAAACCAGAAAGUGUUAACUGUGGAAAAAGGGGUAUUUGCAAAAGAGCCCGUCAGAUGAAAGUCAACAGCAGUCCCAUGGCUUGCCCUGUGAUGCACUGCAACAGAGAGUUUGAUAAUGGACACCUUCUCUUAGGUCACCUUCAAAGGUUUGAUCAUUCUCCUUGUGACCCAACAGUCACAUUACGUGGGCCCCCAAAUAAUGCUGUUGCCUGUGUGAUAUGCUGCCAAAUAUUUUCAACCUCUCAGCAGUACAGUGAUCAUCUUUUAUAUAAGCUAGGUGAAAAUGACGGACACAUAAAAGAUCUCCCUCCGCAGCUUAUUCAGUGUUUUGCUUGCCCAGACUGCUUCCUCCUUUUCACAAGAAAAGAGGAAUGCUUGCAGCAUAUGUCAGGAGAGAACCACUUCCGCCAGGAUUCUAAAUUGAGUGGUGAAAUGAAGGCUGGCCUUCCUCUACCUUUCCCAUCCUAUGCAAAGAACCUUCUGAUAUCUCUGUGCAAAGAGGUCCCCUUCCAAGUGAAGUGUAUAUCCUGCCACCAGACACUACGCUCACAUAUGGAACUAACAGCUCAUUUCAGAACACGCUGUUAUAAUUCUGGGCCUGUGGCACUGUCAAAGAGGAACAUCUCCCAGGUUGCAGAGAUCUUUAAAACAGAAGGUUACUGUGAGAACUGCGAUAAACUCUUUGCCAAUCAGGAUCAGAUCAUCCAGCAUAAGCAAACCACUCGGCAUAACAUUAAAGCUGUUACUACAAUGGCAGAGUCCAUCUUGAUGUUCUGUCAUAUCAAUGGAAAAAAUAAAAAUCAGUCUAAUUUGUGGCAUGCUGUGGAUAGGUCACGACCACUGCUUAAAAGACACUUGACUUCUGAUGAAUCUACUAGCGAGAUGGGCUUUACUCCUUCAAAACGGAAGAGCAAUUUAAAACAUGAAAAUGAAGAUCAUGUAGCAAAGCAAAGUCAAGGUAGUGCCCACAAAGUAAAAGCCUGGUUUUGUGAGUGCCUUCGAAAGUUUUUUACAGAAGAGUCAGUAGAAAAUCACAUUUUAUCAGCAAAUAGGAUCUGUCACAAGUGUGCUGUGUGUGGAAAGCUUGCUGAAAAUUCAAGCAUCAUCCGCCUGCAUAUGAGUCGAUUCCAUGGGGGAGCGCACUUGACUAAUUUUCUUCUCUGGUGUAGAGCAUGCUCUGUAGAUGUCAGAGAAGAGGAUAUUAUGGGACAUGUGACUGAAUUUCAUGGUGGACAUAGUUACUAUUAUGAGCAAGAAGCUCCAGAAGAUGAACCUAUGCCAUCUGCUUCUGACACAGCAUGCAUUUCUGCAGAUGAAAGGAAAGACAUUCCUAGUCCUAUAGAACUCUCCCCUGAAAAAAGCCCUAUUCUGGGAAAAUGGCAAUGCUGCAUUUGUGAGGAGAUGUUUGAAUCUGAAGAAAGUGUUAAACAACAUUGCAUGUCCUUAGAAAGCCAUUCAUUUCACAGAUACUGCUGUGGCUUAUGUAGAAGUUACUUCCGUAAAGAAGUAACGCUACUGCGACACUUCCAAGAGCAUCAUAACCAGGAGAUACAGACUAAAUUCUUCUGUGGCCUUUGUGGUAAUAUCUUCUUUGACACAGAAGAAGAAUUUCUAAUCCAUUAUAGGGAGAUUCAUAGCAUGGACUAUACAUUUGUGCCUGAGCAGGCAGAAAUAUCAAUAAAAAAAGAGGAGGACUUCCUCCCAGUAGAAAAAGGAGACCUUUUAACCUGUGGUUGCCGAGCAACUUACAUCUCCAAAAGAAACAGGAAGAAUGAUUAUGAGAAUUGUCAGAAAGCCAUGCUGCAGAAAGGCAACUUGUGGUUUCGAUGUUGCACUUGUUCUGCAACUGCACAGAAUUUUGCUGAUUUGAACAGACAUCUCAACACUCACACAUUAAAGAAACGUAGAGAAGAGAUGUUUGUUGUUAGAUGUGCUGCAUGCAACAAAAACUUUGAUGAUCUUCAGGGCGCACAUCAGCACUAUCAUGUGAAACACUGCUUCUUGCAGAAACCUGAUCUAUCAAGUCUUGCGACAGAAUUUGAUAAUGCACUGUUCCAGUUCACAGCAAGUGGGUCUUGUGUGGACAGAAAACCUCACCAACUAAAAUUUCAGACAUCUCCACCCAAGACUUGGGAAAGACCACAGUUGUCUCCUCAGCAGGGGCAAAUCCAGAAUGAAGAAAGUGAGAGCUCUACAUGCUUUGAAGAGCCUGAGGAAGAUGAUGAACUUCCUGAUCUUGACUACCUGAGUACCAUGACUCACAUUGUGUUAGUGGAUCUAGACAACUGGGGAAGCUUAUUCACGCAGCUGCCAGCUAACCUGAACCAAGGGACAUUUAUCUGGGGCUUUCAAGGAGGCUACAGCAACUGGAAACCUCCAGUGCAUUGCAAAGUUUACAAUUACCUUAAGAGGAUUGGGUGUUUCUUCCUUCAUCCACGUUGUGGUACCAGAAGGGAAGCAGCAGACUUUGCUAUCUGUGUCCAUGCUGGUCGUCUGGAUGAGCACCUGCCCAAGCAAAUUCCUUUCACUAUUCUUUCUGGAGACAAAAGCUUCCUGGAACUGGAAACUCAAUUUAAAAUGACUCAGCGGCCAGCUCGCAUCCUAAAUCCCCACCAUAUUGAAGGAGACAAGAUGUAUGCCUUGCUAAACAGCAUUUCUGAUACCACAAAAGGUUCAGAUAGCGAAGAGGAUGAAGAUCUCAAACUAACAAUGAAGAGGAGCUUAGAAGAAGCAAACGAACAGGCAGAGCAAGAUGCAGAAUUUGAAGAAGCUAUCAGGAGGAGCCUUGAGGAAAUGUAAAUGAAGAUACUUCAGUGCACUAACACCAUGUCAUCAGAGCUGCUUACCGAAAUGGAAGCAUGUUCAUCUAUUUCCAAAGGUUCAGAAAUACCACUUCAGAACACAUCUGUAUCUUUCAUUGUUACAUUUAUAAUCUGGUGUCACCUGUCAUGCUGAUGAACAGCUGGAGUAUAUGGAUAUCUGCUGCAAUAUAUUGUGUAUGAUAAAAAUAUUUUUUUAAGUUUUUGCAUAUUCUGUUUCUAAUGGGAGAUAACUAAAUCUCUCCAGUCUAGCUGUACAAGUUGUUGCCUAAUUAGUAGGCUGGUCUUACUAGGUAUUUUGGGGUAUUUAGUUGUUCUUUUUUGUUUAAAUUGGUUCUUGUAUCUAAUGUUUCUGUCAUUGUCUUUACAUUUUCAUUUGGUCUUUGCAACGGAUAAAAAUAGUAAACUCCAAUUAUCUCAGAUUUGCCUAGCUAAUCUUGUUAUAAAGAGAAGCUUAGAUCCCAGGUUUAUAAAUUGAACACAUGGCCUAACUCUUGCCUGUGGCUUGUCUCACCUCGUGGACCAUAAUUUUGCCUAUGUCAUGUUUGUUAUAAAUGUCAGAUGCAGGACCACAGGCUGUACAGUUAGCAUGAUAACUUUAUUUUUAUAAAUGUAUCUGUUUUUUCAAUAGUAGUGUGGUAGAGAGCUGGAUUUGGUGGGUUAAACUUUGAGAAGUUCUGUGCCUCUCCCUGAUCUGAGGAUGGAACAACUUUUUAAUGGAACAGAAGCUAAAUAAACUUUCUAGUUUCUGUUUGAAACAGACAUGAGAGAAUUUAAGGUGAUAUAAAAUGAUGUAAUAUCAUUUUAGGUCCCUUCUGUUCAUGAAGAGGUGGCCUUGGAUAAAUGAAUGUAAAUGUGUUAAUUAUUUUUGUACUGUCCUUAGUUUAAGGUGCACAAUUAUUUGUGUUUUAAAACUGUUAUCUGUCACCUUUCUCAGUUCCUUUGUUUAAAAAUACCUAUGCAAGCUGUCCAGCUUUACCAGGCUAUUGUACUUCAGUUAGUGAUUGCUGUCAAUCAGUAAGAAAUCUCAGUGUAAUAAAAUGCAGCUUGAUUAUUAUUGCUUAUC